CCCUUCUGAGCACCUCUGGCUGCUGCAUGGCUGAGACUAUCACAGUUUGAUUUGAUCUCAGCUUCAGGCAUUAGAUCAGCCAGCCGGACGAGGCUGCAUCAGUCCUGUGAUGGCUGCCCGUGUCAUCUGCUUUCUGUUGGCAGUGCUCUUUUGUGCCUCCUGUAAAGUCAUCACCUCUUUGGAUCAAAUGUGCACUGAGAAAGAAGCCAGCAAAAUAUAUAACUGUGAAAAUUUAGGUCUCAGAGAAGUCCCUAACACUCUACCAAAUGCAACACAAUUUUUGGAAUUUGGUUUUAAUUUCUUGCCUACAAUUCAAAAUACAACGUUCAGCAGACUCAACAACCUUGUCUUUUUGGAUUUAUCCAGGUGCCAAAUUAACUGGGUACAUGAAGACACUUUUCAAAGUCACUACCAACUGGACACUAUUGUGUUGACCGGAAAUCCCCUGAUAUUCAUGGCAGAUACGUCACUUAAUGGCCCCAAGUCACUGAAGCAUCUUUUCUUAACCCAAACAGGAAUAUCCAAUCUUGAGUUCAUCCCAAUUCACAAUCUGGAAAAUCUGGAAAGUUUAUAUCUUGGAAGUAACUAUAUUUCUUCCAUUAAGCUCCCUAAAGACUUCCCAACACAGAACCUCAAGGUCCUAGAUUUUCAGAAUAAUGCUAUACACUACCUCUCUGCUGAAGACAUAGACAUCCUGGGGAAGGCCACUAACCUAAGUCUUAACUUCAAUGGCAAUGACAUUAAAGGAAUUGAGCCUGGGGCUUUCCAUUCAAAAACCUUCCAGAGUUUAACGUUUGGAGGGACUCUUAGUGUGUCUACUGUAUUAAAUGGUUUGCAGAAUUCUACUGUUCAGUCUCUCUGGCUGGGUACAUUUGAGGACGUUGAUGAUCAAGACAUUAAUUCAAACAUGCUUGAGGGACUUUGUAGAGUGUCUGUUGAUGUUAUCAACCUACAGAAGCACUCUUUCUCUGAUUUCUCAUCCACCACAUUUCAGUGUUUCACAAGACUCAAGGAAUUGGAUCUGACACAAACUCACUUGAAAGAGCUACCCUCUGGCAUUAAGGGGAUGGACUCACUGAAGAAAUUAGUUCUUAAUGUAAAUAGCUUUUCACAAUUGUGUCAAAUCAAUGCUGCCAGCUUCCCAUCCCUGAUAGAGCUGUAUAUCAAAGGCAACUUGAAGAAACUUGACCUUGGUGUCAACUGUUUAGAAAAACUAGAAAACCUUCAGAAACUUGAUUUAAGCCACAGCAGCAUUGAGGCUUCUGAUUGCUGCAAUCUACAGCUCAGGCGCCUGACUCAUUUGCAGUACCUGAACCUGAGCUUCAACGAUCCCCUUCAUCUCCAGAGUAAGGCCUUCAAAGAAUGUCCUCGCCUACAACUCCUGGACUUGGCCUUUACCCAUGUGCAAGUCAAUGUUCCACACAGUCCUUUCCAAAACCUCUAUUUCCUGCAGGUUAUGAAUCUCUCUCACUGCUCCCUUGAUAUCAGUAAUCAGCACCUUCUAACAGGUCUGCCAGCUCUUCGACACUUGAAUUUACAGGGCAAUCACUUUCCAGAUAGUACUAUCCCAGAGACCAACCUAUUUCAGAAUCUGAACACUCUGGAAAUUUUGGUUUUAUCUUUCUGUGAUCUUCUCUCUAUACACCAGCAAGCAUUCCACAGCCUUGGGAAUAUGAGCCACAUAGACUUAAGCCACAACAGACUGACGGGCGAUAGCAUUGAUGCUCUUAGCCAUCUUAAGGGAAUCUACCUCAAUCUGGCUGCUAACAGUGUGGACAUCAUCCCACCCCACCUCAUCCCCUUCUUGUCCCAGCAAAGCACCAUUAAUUUAAGUCACAACCCACUGGAUUGCACGUGCUCAAAUAUUCACUUUAUAUCAUGGUAUAAGGAAAACCUGCAAAAACUUGAGGGCUCAGAGGAGACCCUAUGUGCAAACCCUCCAUCUUUAAAGGGAGUCAAACUGACUGAUGUCAAAUUAUCCUGUGGGAUUACAGGGCUGGGUAUUUUCUUUCUGAUAGUAUUUUUAUUUUUGCUUAUAGUUCUGCUCAGUUUUGCAGUAAAAUUCUUUCUUAGGUGGAAGUACCAGAACAUUUAGUGCUAAAGGUUUCAGAGAUGGCAAAUAAAAGUGUUCAACACAA